GACUCCACACUCAGCCAGCACCAACACACACGCUCAAAAGGACAAGGCUUCUAGUGAUACUGACUGCUGCUGCUCUUUCUGCGCUUGGAGAUACACUUCAGCUAGAAGCGCUCAAGGCUCUGUCCAAAACACAGCUAAUUCGCCUUCAAGAUGAUGAAAAUAUGGUCAAUGAAGCAGGACCAAGCAGCGCAAGAGAAGAAGAAGCCAAAGAUCUCUGCUGCUCAAAUCCGCAUCCAAAAGGAUCUUACUGAGCUGCCUCUCUCCUCAACGAUGAAGACACACUUCCCUAAUGCAGAAGACUUGCUCAAUUUUGAGGUGACGAUCAUACCAGACGAAGGCAUGUACAAAGGUGGCAGCUUCCGGUUCAGCUUUCACGUCAACAGCAACUACCCACAUGAGCCGCCCAAGGUCAAAUGUCUACAGAAGAUUUACCACCCCAAUAUUGACUUGGAGGGCAACGUUUGCCUCAAUAUUUUGCGGGAGGAUUGGAAGCCUGUGCUCAACCUGAACUCCAUCAUGGUUGGCCUGCAGUUUCUCUUCAUUGAGCCCAAUGCAUCGGAUCCUCUAAAUAAAGAUGCUGCGAAUGAGCUCAACCGGGACAAAGAACGGUUCAGACGGGCGGUGAAGCAGUCAAUGGCGGGCCAGCGUGUGGGCAACGAGGCCUUUGACAUGGUGCUGCUGCAUUAAUCUCUCCUGCUCCAUCCACAUAGAAUAGUCACAGAGAAUCCCGCCAGUGCCGUGGGACCCGCUACCUGCACGUGAAAG